CUAUAUAUUCGGUGUAGAUCAUUCCAUUCCAUUCCCGAAAUAUGGCACCUAAAUCCAAGCCGAAAACCCAUUCACAAUCCACUACUGAUAAUAAACUCGCCUCUUCAGCAGCAUCUAUCUCCAACAACGACGACGAUGAUUUCCAAGAUGCUCUACCUCUCACAGUCACAGCCCACACCCAAACCCAAACCCAUAUCAGUAGCUCACGACAGCCUCUCAAACCAUCCAAUUCUAUGCUUAUUCAAUGCCCACCAUCAUCAUUAUCAUCUAAACCUAAAAGACCAAAAACCUCCACCACCAACUUGAAUCCCGCCGGCAAAGAGAACUUGGGAUCUAAAGGAGAUUGCAAUUUCAAUGAUAAAUUAGCAGUUUGGAGUGGUUUAGAUUCGAUAGAGUCUACCAUAGAUUUUGAUUGCAGUAGGGUCAGUAGUACUGCUAAUGCUAGACAUGUGCAGGAGGAGACUGAUAUAGAUAUUAGUACUAGAGAGAGAAAGGGUUUCAAGAAAUCAAAUUAUAAGAGUACUUAUUCAUCCAAUUCGAUAGAGUCCAGAUUACUCACAUCCAUACUCGAUUGCUACCCCAAUGCUGCUGCUUCUUCUUCUGGUAAUAAUGGCAGUAGCAGUAUGGAUGAGGGUAAUGACUCCAAAUCCCAGGAGUACUUCGAACCCGGUACGCAGCUUGAUGUGUUACUCAAGUUAUGUGCUGAGGCCGACAAGCAAGACGACGAUGACUCAUCCAAUGGACACCUCAAAGGAUGUGCUUCCGAACACAGUAGUCCUCCUGUUCAUUGUCCCAUGUGCGGCAUUGACAUUUCAGACCUCAAUCAUGAACUGCGGCUGCUUCACACCAACGAAUGCCUUGACAAGGAGGAAUCUACGAAUGUUGUUCUUCCCAAUGAUGACCCAGGACCACACUGUCCUGGUCAAGUUUUUGAUGGUUCUCCUGUUCAAUCUCCAAGGAAAGUUGUUGAUGUCUCCCCUGUCUUGGCAUGGCUACGCAGUCUUGGUCUAGCUAGAUAUGAGGAAGUUUUUGUCCGGGAAGAGAUUGAUUGGGACACUCUGCAGUGGUUGACAGAUGAGGAUUUAUUCAGCAUAGGUGUUACUGCUCUUGGUCCUAGGAAAAGGAUCGUUCAUGCUCUGAAUGAACUUAGGAAGGAAGACACUAAGACUGCAGAGACACAUUCGGAUGCCUCGAAAGUUGUAGCUAAUGACAACAGUAAACUCGCCGCAAACAAGUUAAUUACAGAUUUUUUUCCAGGCUCUGUUGCUGAUAGAAGGAAAGAUGGUGCUUCUUCCAGAGGACAAUCUGAGGUGGUGAAAAGACACUCAGGUUCUGGUCGUAAACAAAUUACGGAGAAAAAACAUGUCACAAAUAGAAAACUCAGGGACAUUCCGUCAUGGUGUUGCAUACCAGGAACACCAUUUCGAGUGGAUGCAUUUAAGUAUCUCAGAAGAGACUGUUCUCAUUGGGUUCUUACUCACUUUCAUCUAGAUCAUUAUCAAGGCCUUACGAGGUCCUUCUGUCAUGGCAAGAUUUAUUGCUCCUUGAUCACUGCUAAGCUUGUGAAUAUGAAGCUCGGGAUCUCAUGGGACAAAUUACAAGUUUUACCACUCAACCAGAAGAUCAGUAUUGCAGGAAUUGAUGUGACCUGCUUCGACGCAAACCACUGCCCAGGUUCUGUUAUAAUGCUAUUCGAACCUCCCAAUGGUGAGGCUGUUCUUCACACGGGGGAUUUUCGGUUUAGUGCGGAUAUGGCAAAGAUGUCUUUUUUGCAGACAUGUCCCAUCCAAACUCUCAUCCUUGAUACAACUUACUGUAAGCCCCAGUUUGACUUCCCAAAGCAGGAGGCUGUUAUCCAAUUUGUUAUUGAAGCCAUCCAAGCUGAAGCUUUCAACCCAAAAACUUUGUUUCUGAUUGGUAGCUAUACGAUCGGAAAGGAAAGGCUGUUCUUAGAGGUUGCUCGUGUUCUCCGUAAGAAAGUCUAUGUCACUGCGGCAAAAAUGCGUCUUUUGGAAUGUUUGGGGCUACCCAAGGAAGAUAUGCAGUGGUUGACACUAAAUGAACAGGAGAGCCACAUUCAUGUUGUGCCUAUGUGGACACUCGCAAGCUUCAAACGACUAAAACAUGUAUCUAAUCAGUAUUCGAGUCGUUUUAGCCUUAUAGUUGCUUUCUCUCCGACUGGUUGGACUUUUGGUAAAGGAAAGAAGAAAUCUCCAGGAAGAAGGUGUCAGCAGGGAACAAUCAUAAGGUAUGAAGUACCAUACAGUGAGCAUAGCAGUUUUACUGAACUCAGAGAAUUUGUCAAGCUCAUUUCUCCUGUAAACAUUAUACCAAGUGUAAAUAAUGAUGGCCCAGAAUCUGCCAAGAUGAUGGUUACCCUCCUAUUAUCUGAUUCAUCGACGACUGGCAGUUAACUUGGCACGUAUUCUAGGUCUGGUUCAAAACUCCUGUAAACAUUCCGGGUUUUGCUUUUGCCAGAGAGGUGUGUUGUAGCAGUGCUCUUACAAGUAACUGAACGAUGAAACUCGUCCUUAAUUCUUUAUGUAUUGUUUUACUAGUUAGUGUGGUCUUUCCCGACCAUGUUGAUAAAGAAUGGAACAGAAUAUAUGCAACGUGGCAUUGGAUUUAAAAUAUGAAAUGAUAUUUGGUGAUGCAUUUUUGAGCCCUAGAGGGUAUAAA